UUAGGCUGAGCUGCUCUCAAAUCUCUAGCCUAUAUGUACUGUCCAGAGACUGUCGAAUUACGGAGGUCAUGAAGACAAGCGCUGACUGACCCCAAUUAGCCCAUGGCUCUAGCUUUGCAUAACAUACUCAACUCGGUCGACACGGAUUGUGCUUGGUGGAUGCCUGCAUCGAGCAAACCCGCACAGCCAGCACACGUUACCUGCUCCACAACCCUUAAACACCAACCACCCCGAGCAGCGAACAGCACAGUCCCUCUCUUGCUAAAAGAUUGCACAUGCUUCCGACAUCCUCCGUCGUCAAGUGAAGCGCCGCUCAACGCCCUUCAUCCUCCCACCACUCCAGCAGCACCACCAGGUCCUGCCCACCGAUCAGCUGCUAGAGCCAGCCCCAGGACACGGCAGCGACCGGUAAAAACCCGUUCUGACGAAAAUCCGGGGUGCAGUAGGCGCGGGCCAAGCCUUUCGGUUGCUCUCGCGAUAGGCACGGGAGGCUUCGGAACAGCCCUGGUGGAUCUGCGGGAUACUCGCUCCGCUCGUCGCUCGUGAGUCAGCCCUACUGUGCCGCCGGACGCGCUUCCGAUGGUGUAUCGUGAGGUGCUGGUGUGCCGGAUGAGCGGGGUACACAAGUUUAAGGGCGUUGGGUGACGCCAUGGGUUGCUGACAGGGUUGUUUGUUUGCUGGUCAUCUGUUGGUCAGUAGGGCGUCACGGCGGUUCA